CCUCAAUUAAAAGAUAAAAAUUAAUUUACCUCGUCAAUAAAUAUGAGUUGAAUUUCGGGAAAAAUUAUCACUCACAAAUCUACCUGAGCAUCCGCAGCUUCAUUGCUUUAUCGAGCCAACACCUCUAAACAUGUCGACAAAACUUUUCGCCAUCGCCGUCCUAACCAUCGCCUUGGCCACCUACGCCAUAUGCGCCCCACAAUACGGCGAAACUUGCAGCAGCAUCAACCAAUGCACCGCCUACUCCAAUAAUUCUGAACAAAGCAUUAUUUGCAUGUUUCGCCCCAACGCGACCAACCCGGUCGGAUUGUGCUACACGACCGCCGUGGCGGCUGGAAAAUGCGCCUGCGCGCGAAACUGCGGCGCAUUCAGCGAUCAUCACGAAAAUGGCGAAUAUUCACCGGAAGAAGGUCACUGCGUCGCGUUUGUGGGAAGACGAUGCUACAAAGGCUGGCCAGGGAACGACUGUGGCGAAAACGCGUAUUGUCCAACCACCAGUAGCUACUGCGUUUGCAAAUUGGGAUUCGAAACUGGACCGGAUGGCAGGCAUUGUGUAACUGCUAAAAAAUAAAUGACAAUUUUAUUUUUCUCUGGAAUUUUGAAAUAAUAAAUCUGACGGAUUUCCAAAAUA